CUCAGUUGGGAACAUUAUAAAAUGAGUUGAUUGUUUAAAAUCACCACUUAGCAAUUACUGUUUGCUUUAAUCAACUCGUAAUUCUAUAAAUAUGCGUGAGGUAAUAUCUCUUCAUAUAGGGCAAUGUGGGGUACAAAUGGGCAAUGCCUGCUGGGAGUUGUACUGUCUUGAACAUGGUAUCCAGCCUGAUGGUCAGAUGCCAAGUGACAAGACCAUUGGUGGUGGUGAUGACUCCUUCAACACUUUCUUUAGUGAAACAGGAGCAGGCAAACAUGUACCAAGAGCUAUAUUCAUAGAUCUAGAACCUACUGUUGUCGAUGAAGUACGAACAGGUACCUAUCGUCAGCUGUUUCACCCAGAGCAGCUAGUCACUGGAAAAGAAGACGCUGCCAAUAAUUACGCUAGAGGCCAUUACACCAUUGGGAAAGAAAUUGUAGAUUUAGCUCUUGAUAGAAUUAGGAAAUCCGCUGAUCAAUGUACUGGACUUCAAGGUUUCCUGAUUUUUCACAGUUUUGGAGGCGGAACUGGUUCAGGAUUUACAUCACUGUUGAUGGAGAGAUUGUCUGUGGAUUAUGGAAAGAAAUCAAAGCUGGAAUUUUGUGUUUACCCUGCUCCACAGGUUUCUACAGCCGUGGUUGAACCGUACAAUGCCAUUUUGAAUACCCAUACUACCCUGGAGCAUUCUGAUUGUGCUUUUAUGGUCGACAACGAGGCUCUAUACGACAUUUGCCGACGUAAUUUGGAUAUCGAUAGACCAACCUAUACUAAUUUGAAUCGUCUGAUUGGUCAAAUAGUCAGUUCAAUAACUGCCUCCCUCCGCUUUGACGGCGCCCUCAAUGUUGAUCUUACAGAAUUUCAAACAAACUUAGUCCCCUACCCGCGCAUUCACUUCCCAAUGACAACUUAUGCACCAGUUAUAUCUGCAGAGAAGGCAUACCACGAGCAGCUUACUGUAGCUGAGAUAACAAAUGCCGUUUUUGAGCCAGCAAAUCAGAUGGUUAAAUGUGAUCCACGUCAUGGCAAAUACAUGGCAUGCUGUAUGUUAUACAGGGGAGAUGUUGUACCUAAAGAUGUCAAUGCUGCAAUAGCUACCAUCAAAACUAAGAGAACUAUUCAGUUCGUUGAUUGGUGUCCAACUGGAUUCAAGGUCGGAAUCAACUACCAGCCACCCACUGUUGUUCCAGGAGGAGAUUUAGCUAAAGUACAAAGAGCUGUCUGCAUGCUUAGCAACACAACCUGUAUUGCUGAAGCAUGGGCCCGUCUUGACCACAAGUUUGAUUUGAUGUAUGCUAAACGUGCCUUUGUUCACUGGUAUGUAGGAGAGGGUAUGGAGGAAGGAGAAUUUUCAGAAGCUCGUGAAGAUUUGGCAGCUCUGGAGAAAGAUUACGAGGAAGUUGGUGUAGAGUCUGCAGAGGGAGGAGAAGAAGAGCAAGAAGGGGAUGAAUAUUAAAAUACUAUUUGUCUAUAAAGAUAUGAUCACUUUUAUAGACGUGAAUGUCGUACUCAAUUUUCGGAUGUUU